GCGUGUAAACAAAGCAACAUGGAAGCACAUGCUUCAGGGAAAAGAAUAAAUAUGACAGAUACACCGACAUAGAUGCGAAUUGAAUAGUUUAUAAAUCAUUUUAAAUACUAAUUUUAUUCAACGUUAUUCAAAGAAUGGAUUCUUUAAAGCAGCGACUGACUGACUUUUCCCUGGAGGCGCAUGAUCUGUAUUUAAACCACUCAAUUCCAAUCCUCGAAGAACCUCCUGACCCGCUGCAGUUCUACCGCGACUGGAUUGGACCCAACAGACCCUGCAUCAUCCGCAAUGCCUUCAACCAUUGGCCAGCUCUGACUAGAUGGAAGUCAGAAUACCUGAAGGAGAAGGUGGGGUCCAAGGUCAUCAGUGUGGCAGUCACUCCUAAUGGUUAUGCUGAUGCUGUCAACGGUGAUCGCUUUGUGAUGCCCGAAGAGAGGCACAUGACCUUUUCUACUGUUCUGGACAUCAUUGAGGGGAAGGUGCCACAUUCAGGCAUUUUCUACGUUCAGAAGCAGUGCUCUAACCUGUUGGAGGAACUGCCAGAGCUCAAAGAUGAUGUGGAGCCUCACAUUUCCUGGAUGAGUGAUGCACUUGGAAAGCUUCCUGAUGCUGUGAAUUUCUGGCUUGGAGAAUCAAAGGCCAUCACCUCCAUGCACAAAGAUCACUAUGAGAAUCUCUACUGUGUGAUUUCUGGAGAGAAAACCUUUCUCCUGUUGCCACCCACAGAUCGCCCAUUCAUCCCCUAUGGUGUAUAUCAGCCAGCUGUCUACCACGAGCGUGACAAUGGAGAGUUUGAGGUUGUGGAUCAGAUUGGUGCUGAAAAGGUCCCCUGGAUCCCACUGGACCCUUUGGAUCCAGAUCUGCAGCGGUUUCCUCAGUACAGCCAAGCUCAUCCACUCUGCUGCAGCGUGAAGGCUGGUGAGAUGCUUUACCUGCCAUCACUGUGGUUUCACCAUGUUCAGCAGACGCAAGGCUGCAUUGCAGUAAAUUUCUGGUAUGACAUGGAAUACGACAUCAAAUACAACUACUUCCAGCUGCUGGACUCACUGAGUGACAUCACAACAUGACAUUGAAGAGAUUAUUUCAUCGUCUGAAAUGUACAAUUGAAGGCACAAACCUUGACCUUAUAUGAAAGACCAUUCUGGUCAUACAGUUCUGGGUACAGUAUCACUGUCAGGGAUGGCUUUAGACAUUUUCUUAGAACAUAGUAAAUAUUUUUGAUUGGUCAACUUCUCAUCAUUUAGCUAUUUAAGUCAAUAGUUGAGUGCUAACAUCAGGGGCAAAUUAAAAAAAACCUAUAACUUUAACAUGUUUAUAUCGCCAACAUAGAAAACUCCUGGAAUGACACAAAUGUUUUUUUAAACCCAAACCAAAACGUGAGAAAAACUUUAUUAAACCAAAGUUCUUAACAGAGGAAAAAAAAAAUAAUCUGAAAACAAAGUUUUAAAAAUAAAACAUGA